CAAGUCUACGCUCGUAAAGUUACUAAACAAGUACAUUUGUUGCUGAUAAGAAAAUAAACAAGACAUAAUUGUGAUAUGCAUAUUGCAGAACGAAAGAUUUUGAAAAGGAACGUUUACUUAGUAAUUCUCGUUUAUUGUUACAAACAAUAAAAUGCUUUCACGUCAUUCAAAAAACGAUUUGCGUAUUUUAAAACUCUACGCCUCUUUGGAACGGAUUGCUGAAAAUGAUGAUACCGAGAGCAAAGAGCUUGAAGAAAUGAAAUCCAAUUUUACAUCAUUCUUUGAAUAUCUAAAAAAUAAUACAAGAAAAAAAGAAAUAAUGUUGGAUUUAAUUAAGAAUGAACACUUUCUCCAAAAUACAGAAAUAACAGGAAAUGAUUUGAGGGAGAUCGGUAUGAAAAACAAAACCGAUUUUAAGUUAAAUGGGAAGUCGCUGUUAUUUCGUGCAAUGUCAAUCAGAAAGGGAAAUGGUCUGCGAAAGGACAUCCUUGACGAAAUUAUCGUACACUUGAUUGAGAAUUUUCCGGAUCUCAUCACAUUGGAACAGUUUCAUGAAUCCAAGGAGAGUACAGGAGUUACCCCCAUUCAUCUUGCCGUAGUGCAAGAAGAUACAGAACUUCUAAAGUCAAUGGCAAAACAUAGAAAAAAUUGUGAAGAAAAAAUAAAAAACGCAGACGGUGAAAUAUUUCAAGGUACAGUAAUGAUGGCUGGAACUCUACUUGGAAUUGCUGCUUUAAAAUGCAAUGAGAAAAUAUUCAGAAUUAUUCUCGAGAACUUUGAACAGGAAAUGGAUGUUACUAAUAAAAAGGGUGAUAAUAUUAUCCAUUCUCUUAUAAAAUAUGCUUGCAUUCAACCAGAUAAACUAGACUCAGUACUCAAUAUGCUAAGGUACAUUAUAUGCUGCAAAUUUAUUCAAAAUGAAUCAGGAAAAGAAAAGAACGAAUCCAGAUUUAAUGUGGAAAAUGAAAGCAAGUACAGGAAGCAAGUUGGAAAACUAUUGAUGAUGAAAAAUAGGGAAAAACUUACACCAUUGCAACUGGCAACUAAACGGGAGCAGUACAAAAUAUUUGAUAUUAUAAUAAACCAUGAGGUAUACUUGUCACAGGAAUCAAAUGAUGGUAUAAUUCAAAGAAACCAAUACGACAUCACAGAGAUAGAAACACUUGCAUUGGAAAGUGACGUCAAAGGAGAAGCUAAUGAGGACAUCAAGGACGAGCAUCACGAAUCCGUAUUGGAAUUUGUUCUUCAUCACCAAACAGCUAACGCUUUUUUGUUUUCAAGCGUCACCCCUUUGAAAGAAAUUAUCAAAGAAAAAUGGAAUCACUACAAACAUUGGUUUCAUGGAAGCUUUAUAAUUUAUAUGGCUUUCAUGGUUCUUCUGUCUAUUUCUGCUGUUUUUAGGUCACAUUUAAAAGAGGCAGUGCAAAUAAAUGACACAGCUAAGUAUUUAAACCAUGUAACAAAGAAUGGCUUUGUCACUACUGUUUCAGGUAUUGGUCUCAUUUUUGCUUUAAUAGUUAUCGUCAUAAUCAUAAAAACUUGGUGUGCUAAUCGCUUUACCUCAAAAACGUCUACAAAGUAUUGGGCAAGAAUAAAGAUGCAUUUAAGGUUGCCAUACUCAAACUUUAUGUUUCGGGUAUACUUUUGCAUCUUUGCUUGUCUCUUGGUUGCAGACUUUAUUUGUGCGACACUUGUUGCUUUUGAGAAAGCGUCUGAUUAUGAAAACUAUUGUUUGAUCUUUGCCAUUAUAAUUGGUUGGUACCUUGUAUUAUUUUUUCUUCAGACAUUUAAGCAGAUAAGUUUUUAUACUGUUCUUGUUCAGAGAGUUAUAACAGAUAUGUUAAAAAUGGCUUGUAUUAUGGUUAUAUUUCUCAUAGCAUUUUCUAUUGCAAUGUAUAUGAUAAUGCAAGGAGCUGAUACGGAACAAGACGAUUUUGAUAAUUUUGGAAAAACAAUUGUUAAAAUGAUAACAAUCAUGCUUGGUAUCGGAGAAUUAGAUAUACUUUUUCAAGCAAGGAAACCAACAUUAGCCGUGCUGGUAUUUUUGCUAUUUGUUCUUCUAACAACUAUUCUUCUUCUAAAUGCACUUAUUGCAAUGAUGUCCAAUACUUGCACAGAUCUGAUGAGCAAUCAUACUGGUUAUUCAGCCUCAAAGAUGCAUUAUCGUCUUCAAAAGUUGGCUAUAAUUGUGUUUCUUGAAAGUUUUCUUCACCUUAAAUUUUGUAAACGGGUCGGCAGGAUUAAAGAGGGGCGACUCUUAUGGACACAAAAGUUUGUAAAGGAAGAUGGAGAAACGGCCAUUGAACCUUCAGACGAGCAUUUGCAACAAAGAGAUAGGACAGAUAUUUUGAAGAAGGAACUAAUAGAAACGAUUAAGCAGGGACAAGGCAGACUUACAAAAGUGAAGAGACCUAAAAAUGCGAAACGUCAAGUUUCAGAUAUGCCAGCCUUUCCCUCGGAACUUCAGGCAGUACAAAAACGCCUUGACAUCAAAGAUUAUGAGCAAAGACAAUGUGAAAGAUGUAAGGAUGAAACAGUGACAUGUUUGCAGUCACAAGAUAUAACAGAAUUUAUUUGACAUUUUGUAAAUCGAUACAAAUUUAAGAUUAUCCCCAAGAUACUCUAGUAGGUCUACUGCGUGUGUUACACUUACAAUGUACAAUAGCUUUUUAUACGUAACCAUCGGUUUUGAGAAUAGUAGUCGUAACUGAUUGAUGGUGCAAAGAGUGGAUCGUUACAAAAAGACUGCAAUGACUUUUGUACAUUUGUAACGUCACUUUUGUACUUAUUGUGUAUAAAUGAAGCAUGAAAAGAACUUUACUUUUUAAUUCUUUUGAACUUCAUGAAGGCUUGUGUUUCAAUGUAACAUUUUAACAAUAGAUGUUUUAAAAAGAUUAUUUCGUGUAAGGUCUGCAUAUACUCAAUGUGUAAACUGUAAACCAAAUUGUUACUGUUGCACUGCAUUAUAAUUAUUGCAUGUCAUAUGUAACACUACACUCAUAAUUUGUGUAUAUAACCCGCGAAACAUUUCAUUUAACGGUCUUUGAAUGACAACUGAGCUAAGUAUUAUCAUAAGUAUUCAUUGUCAAAUAUGUGCACAUCAGGGCAUUAUCGAAAAUUCAAACUUAUUUGAUCCUUAAACCCGGUUUUCUUACUCCUUUAGUUCUUUAGAGAUGGGUUGAAUUUAAGUAGCAUAGUAUAACAUAUUCGGCCAUAACCUGAAUACAACCUUCAAAAAGUCACCUCGCUUGCGAAUACUUAUAUGUGUUUCUUAACUUUUUUCUUCUUAAUCAUUUUAAGGACCGCUUUUUACUCAACCAAAUACGUGCCGUUUUAAAGUUGUAUGAAUCACCUGGGUUUAAGGAUCAAAUACGUUUGAAUUUUCGAUAAUACCCCGAUACCUUAUCUAAGUUUUAUGUUUACUGACCUUUAGUCAAGGACGUAUACCAUUAUCAACAGACGCUUAUAUAUGUUUGAAGUAUUCAUGUAAGAAUUGCUAUCUUGGGAUUCAAGUGUAAAAAAGCACGUUUAUGCUCAGGUGACUAAAAUUUUAAAAGUUUUUAUUUUUAGCCAUGGUAGCAAUCUUGAUCAGCAAACUGGAACCAUAUAAGCAAUGUUUACGUAUAGAGGACCGUCAAACGAUCAUUUCUGUACUGUUUUGACAAUAUCGACUAC